GUUGCGGUGGCCAAUGGACGCAUUCGGAACAUCGGCGGCUGCCCGGGUGACUCGGUUAUAUGUCACAGAAUAACAUUCGAGAAUGGGACAUGGAAUGAGGCGACGGCUGCAGCAGCCCCAGCCCCAGGCCCCGCAGCAGCAGCAGCAGCAGCAGCAGCAGCAGCAGCAGUCCCCGCCGUCCCCGCCUCCCGGAGAGGCUCUGCAGCAAUGAAGCCGACUGUCCCGAGGCACGGCGCUUAGCCGCGAGCGCGGCCGCCCCCGCGGACUCGGCCGCCGCUCCCCCUUCGCGCGUCCUGCGGCAGCGAGAGGCAUGGAGAAGGCCACCCCCGCGGGGCGCUGAUCCCCGCGCCGCGCCCGCGCGCACACGCCCCCCGGCACCGCCGCCGCCGCCGCGCGCGCCCAGCACCGCACGCCCCGCCGCGGCCCCGCCAUGACCGGCUCGGCGGCCGACACUCAGCGCUGCCCCCACCCCAAAGGCGCCAAAGGCACGCGGUCCCGGAGCAGCCACGCGCGGCCCGUGAGCCUCGCCACCAGCGGGGGCUCGGAGGAGGAGGACAAAGACGGCGGGGUGCUGUUUCACGUUAACAAGAGCGGCUUCCCCAUCGACAGCCACACCUGGGAGCGCAUGUGGAUGCACGUGGCCAAGGUGCACCCUAAGGGGGGAGAGAUGGUGGGCGCCAUCAGGAACGCCACCUUCUUGGCAAAGCCUUCAAUACCCCAGGUCCCAAACUACAGGCUGUCGAUGACAAUUCCAGACUGGCUCCAGGCGAUCCAGAAUUACAUGAAGACACUACAAUACAAUCAUACAGGGACCCAGUUCUUUGAAAUUAGGAAAAUGCGACCGCUGAGUGGGUUAAUGGAAACAGCAAAGGAAAUGACCCGAGAGUCCUUGCCUAUCAAAUGCCUUGAAGCUGUCAUCCUGGGCAUAUACUUAACCAACGGACAGCCUUCCAUCGAGCGGUUCCCCAUCAGCUUUAAAACCUACUUCUCAGGAAACUACUUUCACCACGUCGUGCUGGGGAUUUAUUGCAACGGCCACUACGGCUCGCUGGGCAUGAGCCGGAGGGCCGAGCUGAUGGACAAGCCGUUGACCUUUCGGACUCUGAGUGACCUCAUCUUUGACUUUGAAGACUCCUAUAAGAAAUACCUGCACUCAGUCAAGAAGGUCAAGAUCGGGCUGUACGUGCCCCACGAGCCUCACAGCUUCCAGCCCAUCGAGUGGAAGCAGCUGGUCCUCAACGUCUCCAAGAUGCUGAGGGCCGACAUAAGGAAGGAGCUGGAGAAAUUCGCCAGGGACAUGAGAAUGAAGAUUCUGAAACCUGCAAGUGCCCACUCUCCGACCCAGGUGAGAAGCCGGGGAAAAUCCCUGUCCCCCCGACGGAGGCAAGCAAGUCCCCCGAGAAGGCUUGGCAGGCGAGACAAGUCGCCUGCAAUGCCUGAGAAGAAGGUGGCCGAUCUCAGCACUCUGAAUGAAGUGGGCUAUCAAAUCCGAAUUUAGCCAAGCCAUACCGGCCAGCAGGAGGGUUUCUGUGGUGCUUCUCUCUGCACUUUAGCCAGCAUCUUCAGGAGGAACGGCAACUAUUUAUUAAGAACUUGUGAAUUUUAUUUUUAAGGAAUCACCUGGAAAUAGAAUCUGAGUGGGUGGUAACAAUUAGCUUUAAAAAUUUCACUAAGAGGCAACUGUGAAAAGGCUAAAGUAAUGAACCCCAUUGGGAUUGGACUGUCUCCCCUCACUCAAGAUCUUAAGGACAAUAUCCAUAAUUAUAGUUUUAUAUUUUUCCAUUUACCUACUUUCUCUUACUUGCUUUGAACAUAUGCCUCACCAACAGUAAAUGUUCAUGAAAUCCUUUUUCGAACUUUUGGUAUAGUAAGGUAACUCAAUCAGUAUUACUGUCUUUUUCAGCAAUAACAGAAGCAAAGAUGGGUGGGUUUUUUUUAAGCAGUUAAUAUUACCUCAGCAUUCUGACAUCAGAUAUGCAAACUUAAUGGUGUUUUGUUUUUUUUAUAUUCUAUUUGUAUUCUUUCCCCAGUAUUUCCCAUGGGGAUCUCCACAAGUUUGGAGUUUUUUCCUGGUGCACACAUGAGAUGUGAUUUAAGGUAUUAUAUGCAAGUGUUUUACUAAAAAGCACUGAAAUUCUUCUGGCAAUACAAGAAACCAUUUUCAGGA